AAAUAAAAUGGGCUGAGCGAUAUAGAGAUGGGCUGGCCUUUAAAAGUUUUAAUAUUGAACUGCUCACAAGUUAAGAUCAAACAUUUUGGUUUGGGCCCAUCCCUAGAGUGGACCAUGCAUUGUGUGAUAAGGGACCAUGGAAUCAAUAGUCACCAAUUCCUAGAUUUGGGGUGUUUUUUUUCAGAUCAGAAGGGAUUAUGAUUAUCCCUUUCUAUGGUUAUGAUCCUCUUAAGCUGUUAUGGCCUGUGUUAAUUCAGGUCAUCUCACCUUGUAAGUUCUGCAUGAAGUGCGUAACUUCUGUUUGAGCUAUAGCAUUGAUAUAUUUUUAGAAAUAUAUAUAAUCAACGGGUAAAGACUUCAAGUGAUGGAGAAUCCAGUGCAUUCCUAGGCUUUUGGGAAGAACAAGUAGCAACAUGCACUUGCCUCUCGUUCCGAGCAGUACCAGGAUACAUGGGCACCUUCUUGGGUACCGACAGCAGCAGCACUAAUACACAUACAGAUCACCAGCUAAAAGGAAGAGAAGCACAUCCAGUGCCACCCUUUAAUAGAGCAGGAUGUUCCUGGUCGGACUGUCCGGUGGAAUUGCUUCAGGAAAAAGCACAGUAGUGGCAGUAUUCCGGGAACUGGGCUGUGCAGUGAUUGAUGCUGAUGUUAUUGCCAGACAGGUGGUUCAGCCCCGCUUCUUGGCCUAUCAGCAGAUAGUGCAUAACUUUGGAAGUGAAAUCCUCUUGGAGAGUGGGGAGAUAAACCGGGAGGCUCUGGGAAACAUUAUCUUCUCCCACCCAGAAAAACGGCAGCUGCUGAACGCCAUCACUCACCCUAAGAUCCAGAAAGAGAUGCUGAAACAGAUCUUUAAAUACUUUGUGCUAGGCUACCGCUAUGUGAUUCUGGACAUUCCUCUGCUGUUUGAGACCAACACGCUAACCAAGUUCAUGAAACACACAGUCCUGGUUUACAGUGAUCCGCAGACACAGCUGUCACGACUGAUGAAGAGGAAUGGCCUGGCCCAGGCAGAGGCAGAAGCCCGCAUCGCCUCCCAGCUGCCGCUUGAUGAGAAGCGCAAAUUAGCUGACCACGUGAUUGACAACUCCGGGGACUGGGAGAGCACGCGGAGGCAGGUCCUGAGACUGCACUCUCGGCUGGAGGACUCUCUGGAUUUCCUCUUGGUGCGCUUGGUGGCAGUCACAGCAGUUGCUGGAAUUGGUGGGCUGGUGUGCUUUCUCCUCAGGCAUUUUCUCUCAUAAUUCACUUUUUUUAAGGGACCAAAACUCUGCCUGGAAUUUCAAGUUUGCAAAGGGCAAUGAAAGGUCAUGAGCCUUAAUGGCUUUGCCGUCUGAAUACAGACGACAAGAUGAGCAGAGUCUCCUUGUAAACUUCUCAAGGUGAAGCAUGGAUUCCUUGCCAAUGCACUGACUCAGCUCCUUUCUUUUAACUUUUUAGUCCUGUUAUUAAUCAGCAACUGCUGCAGGAGAGGGUGAGGGGCAGCUGUAAUGGAUGGAGGCCCCCAGACAUUCAGGUAUGAAGUAAUUACACGGUUAGGAUGGCCGUGUUAGGCCAACUCAUUGGAGUGCUAGUCUACAGGGUGAAAGGAAUCUUUCCUUCAAUUUAACCCCAGGUGGAAUACGAUUACUUAACAUGUCUCACAGCAGUCUGGUCCAGGAGUGGGGAUCUGGACUAUGGGGUUCUCUUCCCCCCCCCCCCCCACUUCCCAGCAUCCUCAGCUACCAAGAGUUGGCCCUAAAUGGUUCACUUUGACUCUAGACAAGUAAUUUCACUUCUGUUUCCUGGUUGUGAGAUUUAAUGAAUGUUUGCAAAGUGCCUUAAACCCCACCAAUGCGGGACGUUGUAAAAUUGCAAGAGUUACUAUAAAAACGUCCAUCUCCUGC